CGGCACUGAGACCUCUCUCCCCUUCGCUAUGAGUGCGGCCGCGGCCUGCGCCCCGGGCCUCUCCGACUCCGAGGCGGCCGACAACGGGAAGCCCGCGCCCCGGCCCCCAGACGCCCACAGCUGCCCGCCGCCGCCCGCCCCAGUGCCCCCCGCCGACGCCGCAGCCUCUUCCCUCCCUUCCUCCAUGGACCUGCUUUUGCAGGAGCCCCCCGACUCGUCCACCAGUCCCUGCAUUGCCCUGCCCGGCUCCCAGGAGGAGGUCUCGGGGAAGGAGGAGGGUAAAGUCCCGGCGAAGAAGCAGAAGACCCCGGGCUCCCUGAAGAGCGAGAUUAUUCACACUGCAGAGCCUGGCGUCCCGGAGAGGGUGGCAGUCAGCGCCCAGCGAAUGUUUUCUCAUUCCUGUCACUUCCUGCUGCAGGUCAAGACUUGGUUCCAAAACCAGAGAAUGAAAUGUAAGCGGUGGCAGAAAAGCAACUGGCCGAAAAACAGCAGCAGCAUUCCUCAGAAGGGCCCGGCCCCUGCCGAGUACCCGGGCGCCUGCUCCAACUACGCCCAGGGCUACCUGGUGAACACGUCCGGGAACCUCCCCGUGUGGGGCAACCAGACCUGGAACAACGCGGGGUGGAGCAGCCCCUCCUGGGGGAGCCCCUCCUGGAACGCGCAGUCCUGGUGCCCCCAAGCCUGGAGCGCGCCGCUGCCCGGCUUCGGGGAGGAAGCGCUGCAGCCCUGCCUACCCUUCCCGCAGAACUUCCCCGCCAGCGACUUGGAGGCUGCGCUGGAAGCAGUGGGGGACAGCUACAAGUACCUCAGUACCCCCCAGUCCUUGGAUCUGUUCCUGAACUACCCCACGAACCCGCAGCCCGGAGACCUGUGAGGGCGGACGCUUCCUUCCCGCCCCGCCCCGCCCCUCCGUGUAGGACUGUGCUGUGUUUUGGGGGAGGAUGUGUCGCUGUGCCCGUGGGGACAGCUUGGGGUGUGCAGUAGGCCUGGAGUCUGACCGAGGAGCCUUUGGUGAGCUGCCCUGGGCUGGAUACUGAGAGGCAGCUGGAGCGCUGGCCUGGGGGUGGGGGUGGGGUGGAGGUGGACCCACCUCAGGAGCAGGAGCUAUGAAAACUCCGUUUUCUGUGAGCGAGCGCGCGCGCGGUCUGCCUCCGGGGUAGGGUGCUUGCCCCGCAUGCGCACUUGAGGCCCUGGCUUACAUCCCUGGAACUGCAGAAACACCCUUUACUUUCUUGGGUGGA